AUGAGACCUGAGAACCAGAGCAGCAUGUCCAGGUUCCUCCUCCUGGGGCUCCCUAUUCGGCCAGAGCAGCAGGGCGCGUUCUUCGCCCUGUUCCUGGGCGUGUACCUGACCACGGUGCUGGGCAACCUGCUCGUCCUCCUGCUCAUCAGGCUGGACCCUCGCCUCCACACCCCCACGUACUUCUUCCUCAGCCACUUGGCCCUCACUGACGUCUCCUUCUCAUCUGUCACCCUCCCUAAGAUGCUCGUGAACACGCAGACUCAAUGCCAAGCUAUCACAUAUGCAGGGUGCGUUUCACAGGUGUAUUGCUUUAUAUUCUUUGGUUGCCUUGACAGCUUUCUUCUUGCCGUGAUGGCCUGUGACAGGUACGUGGCGUGUCACCCUCUCCACUACACUGCCGUCAUGAGGGAUGAGCUUUGUGUCGUCCUAGUGGCUGGGUGCUGGCUCGCCGCUUGUGCCCAGGCUCUGUUGCACACCCUCCUUCUGGACCAGUUGGCUUUCUGUGCAGGGACUGUCAUCCCUCACUUCUUCUGUGAUCUCGCUGUUGUGCUCAAGUCCUCCUGCUCCAACACCUCCCUCAAUGAGCUGCUCAUCCUCACUGAAGGAGGACUGAUCUUCACCUUGCCUUUGGGUGGUAUCUUGGGCUCCUAUAUCUGCAUGGCAGCCAUCAUCCUGAAGGUCCCCUCCCUCACAAGAAUCUUCAAAGCCUUGUCUACCUGUGGUUCUCACCUCUUCAUAGUGUUUUUAUAUUAUGGCACAACUGCAGGUGUAUACUAUUUCCCCUCAUCAGGCAACUCCAAAGUCAAGGACAUAGUUGCUUCAUUGAUGUACAUGGUGGUCACCCCCAUGCUGAACCCCUUCAUCUACAGCCUGAGGAAUAAGGAUAUGAAACAUGCUCUUCAGAAAUUUUUCAGGACCAUGGACACCCCUGGCUAUCGUUAA